UUUUAAAGAAGAAGAAACAGCAGCAGCUGCAGAAGAAGAAGCAGCUGAGCUACACGUCCAGAACCGGUCCAUCUCCUCUCACCGACACCGAACCUCCUCACCGGGCCCGCCGAACAUGAACGAGACCGCAGGUGUCCGCUUCCGGCGGCUGCACCGCGCUCAGGUGAUCACGGAGGAGCUUCCGGAGCGGAGACACAAAGGAUCCAGCACCUACAGUGGGAAGGUGUUCCAGGUGACCCUGCUGUCCCUGGGGGGCUUCCUGCUUCUUCCUCUGCUCGUCAUCAUCCUCAUCCUGGAGUCGCCCAUCCACCCGGAGGUCUUCAGUCUGAAGGAGCCGCCAUUGAUGAAGGGCUGCUGGGAACCAAACCUGAAGCUGCGAGAGGCCCAGAGACUCUACGAGGACCAGAUCCUUGGACCAGAGUCCAUAGCCAACAUGGGGGACGUCUUCUUUACUGGAACGGCUGACGGGAAACUCCUGAAGUUAAUUGGACGACGGAUCGUUACGGUGACGACCCUCGGCAGGCCGCCAUGUGGCUCCAGAGAAGAUGAGCCCACCUGUGGGAGGCCUCUGGGGAUCAGAGUGGGACCCAACGGGACUCUGUUUGUAGCAGACGCCUACCUGGGCGUGUUUGAGGUCAACCCUACCACAGGUGAGGCGACCCGGCUGGUGUCAGGUGGUCAGGUGGUCUCCGGCAGGAAGCUGUCUUUCAUCAACGACCUGACGGUGACGCAGGACGGCAGGAAGGUGUACUUCACAGACUCCAGCAGCAGGUGGCAGCGCAGAGACUACCUGCACCUCAUCAUGGAGGCCACCGCUGAUGGACGGGUGUUGGAGUACGACACAGAGACCAAGGAGCUGACCGUCAUCAUGGAGAACCUCAGGUUCCCCAACGGCAUCCAGCUGCUGCCCGAUGAGGAGUCGGUUCUAGUGGCAGAGACCACCAUGGCCCGGAUCCGCAGAGUUCAUGUCGCCGGGCUCAACAAAGGAGGCAUGGACACGUUCGUGGACAACCUGCCGGGUUUCCCUGACAACGUCCGUCCCAGCUCCUCUGGAGGCUACUGGGUCACCAUGUCCGCAGUGAGACCCAACCCCGGCUUCUCCAUGCUGGACUUCCUGUCCCAGAGACCCUGGGUCAAGAAGUUCAUUUUCAAGCUCUUCAGUCAGGAGGUGCUGAUGAAGUUCGUUCCUCGCUACAGUUUGGUGGCAGAGCUCCACGACGGAGGCGUCUGCACGCGCAGCUUCCACGACCCGGCCGGCCUGGUGGCCGCCUACGUCAGCGAGGCCCACGAGCAUGAUGGGAACUUGUACAUCGGCUCCUUCCGCUCUCCGUACAUCGCCGUGUUGGACCUGCGUAGAGUUUGAGACGAGGUCCUCUCACGUCCGUCUGCAGGAGCUCCAGGGCUCGUUACCUGAGUUCCACCCUGCAGGUUCUCCUCAUCCCUUAGAGAACUCUCGCUGAGCCGUAAUUUCCUUCCCUUCGGAUCCGGGUCAGAACUGAAAGUGACUUUUAGUGUCUGCUGAGUCCACAUCCAGGCACUGGAAGGUUAUCAGCUGUUCCUGUCAGAGCUGCUUCACGUUUUGACUGAAGGAACCAGAACGUCUUCAGGACAACCGUUGGUUCUGAGAGACGGACUCUGAGGUUCUGGUUUGUUCAACCAUCCAAACAGCCGCUGGUUGCUUUCAGCCUGAGGUCAGCGAGCGCUAACCAGCUAACCAGCUAACUAACCUGCAUGUCGCUCUGCACCAAACCUCUGCCAGCCUCAGACCGACCAAUCAGAGCAGAGGGGCGGAGCUUUAAAGCAGCCAGCUGUUCCAAUAAAACAGGAGAAAGCUGU